AAACGCCAUUUUCUAUUCAGUCUUGCUCUGGAUUCGGGCUCAAUUUUUGCUACUCAAGAAUUCAAUUCCAUUGUUCUAAGAAGUGAUAAAUAAGGAUAUAGUUUUGAAAGAGUGCUUGCUAUAUCCUGCUCAUGACACAGACCAUACUUGGGUUAGCUUGACAUAAAAAGGUACAAAGAAAAAUGAACUUGUUUGACACUACGUUCAUAACAUCGAGAACGAAAUUUACGAAAAAUACGAGGCUUUGAGAUGGCGGAUUACGAUCUGCAGUAUGCAUACACUAAGAUAGACGGCUCUGCUAGAAAUCUGGAACCUUUGUUGUCCUGGGAUUCUCACCAAAAUUCUCGAAUUGGCGAUUAUAAGGCAUGUCGUUAUGAAGAACAAGAAUUCACAAUCCAAUUAUGUUGCGUCAAUACCGAUUGGCGCUUGCGUCACAAAUGGACAACAUGAUACUAACGAUGGAAUUAGUUUGCCUGGUUUCUACACAAACAAUAACGAUGCUUUAAUGUUAUUUGACUACACGAGGCAAUACCAUUGAAAUCAACCAGUAAUUGAAAGGAGUCUGUAAAUUAUGAAAUAUCGCAGGAUCAUAUCAGGCUAGCUGAAUGGGCUAGAACGCCCCACCCAUCGGACCAGGGCCCUUUCUAUCGUCUUGAAUACAGCCCUCGCUGGAACCGUAUUUUUGGUGAUAGUUUCCAAGCAUUCAACAACUGCCAUUUUUCUGCUUUCCAUCAUAUUGUUUCAUUUAUUAUUGAAGCUCUUAUUUUCCCAACCUCAGAAGAUAACUACCUACUCCACCUGCAUUGUAGUCGGGUCGAAAGGACACAAUUAAUUGGAUUUUUAUUAAGUUCAUUUUCUGUUCACCGGUGACUCAGAAGUCCGGAGGAUCACAAAAUGUUUGCCGCCUGGGCUCUCUUUUCUACGAUGGCGCUUGUUUUGGCAGAAAUUCAUUUUGAAAAAGUCGAUUAUUUAUACGGGAAACACUUAAUAGUUGCAACAGCUGAUCUCAAUCCAUACAUGUAUGUUCAUCACGAUGAUAACGGUACCAUUGUCAGCGCUGACGGAAUCGUCAAUGAGAUGAUGGUUUGGUUGGCACAAAGAUAUCAUUUCACAUUUCAUUACGUAGAAUCAUCUGAUGGUUAUUUCGGGGCAUUUGUAAAUGGAAGCUGGAACGGUAUGGUAGGAAUGGCCGUCAGGAAAGAAAUUGACCUAGUCGCAACGCAGUUGACAACGACUUAUGCCCGUUCAAAAGUAAUAGAUUUUACCACGUCCUUCAGCAAAGAUCCCAUGAGUGCCAUUAUUCCUGCACCAAAAGAAGACGAUUUUAUGGCCGCCAUAGUAAAACCUUUUCAGCCUGGCGUAUGGGCCUUAAUAAUGAUCUCGAUGUUUUCUGCAACAUUAGUCACAUUUACUUUCAUGAAGUUGAUUCACAAGUAUAUGCCGGAAUACUACGAUGGUGGAACUUCAAAUCUGCACUUUUGGGAGAAUUUUAUGUAUUAUUUUGGAAUAAUCAGUUCUCAAGCCGGACGAACAAUGCCGAGUAUUGGACCUUUGGGUCAUGCGACACGUUUGGUAGCCGCAACUUGGUGUCUCACCGCCGUCGUAUUCAUCUACCUCUACAGUGGAUGCCUGACUUCUUUUAUUACCAUACCAAAACUCCGCCCGCUCAUUGAAUCACUGGACGACCUGGCAACCAGCGUCGAUUUGGAGCUUACUAUCCUGAAAAACUCUGUCUUUGAAUCAAUGAUUUUGGAAGCGACAUCUGGAACUUACAAAGCCCUCGGUGAGUCUUUGCGAAACAACCCACAAAAUCGGCUGCCUAAAGAUUUUUUGGAGCCUGAGAUAUUCCUUAAGCACGCAUUAAUCGGACGGUUCGCCAUGGUUGAUCAAAAAUCGUUUCUUGAAUAUGUAUUAAACCUCGCAUUCAAAACAUCGGGAAAAUGUGACGUAACUUUAAUGAAACAAGAAGUUGUAACCUCGCUUGAUUCGAUGGCGGUUCAAAAGAACAGCAUAUAUCUCGCUCAAAUUGACCAAGGAUUUCAAACAAUGGCUGCGCUGGGACUUCAGAACUAUUGGGAAAAACGAUUUUUGAAAAUACCAAAAUGUGAAGGAAAUCUUGAAAAGGGAGUGGCCAACCCAAGGUUAACUUUGGCGAAUCUAUCUGGGGCAUUUCUGUUCCUGUUCGUUGGCAUUGGGAUUUCUUUUGCGGUAUUUCUUGUUGAAAAUAUGUGGUUCUACAUGCAAAAAGGCAAAGCUUUAAUGACUACCGACUAGAGAUGAGAGGAAUGAAGCAUCUCCCCUUCUCUGCUACCGACGAAACAUUAUCAAAGGUUAAACUCUUGCGUCACUACAUAAGGUAGUAAUGACAAAUUAGUAGGUAGUAAACAAAUGAUUACAUUUGUUAAAGUUAAGUUAAUAAAUAUUUUAAAAAAUGCAUACUUGUAAGUUUGUAAACGGAUAUUAAAUAGACAUCUCCGAGAAACA